GUCAGAUUUUCAUUCUUUAUUGUCUUUAGCUGAUCACAUGCCUGAUAAUGUUUGCCUUUCUAAUACUAACAAUAUAAAAGCAAUUGUUAUAAUACUUUUUUGCAUACAUUUCCUUUGUUUUACAGUUCUGUCUGAUUAUUGAACAGACUUCUGUCUGUAUUAGACAGAACUGUUAAUGAUGACAGUGAACUAGUAGAAAGAGAUGCUGUUAUCAGCGCCAUCAAAAUAAAUGUCCCGCUACAAAUGCAUCGGCCAAACAGAAAAACUUAUCGGUCGAUGCUUAUAUUUGAAAAAUCACAAAUAUCAUCCGUCCACUAUUUAACACCUCCUUUAAUAGUUUAGUGUGUAUAAGAUCUACAUGUUGUUGGUUUUGAUGUUUGUUCUUUGUGCCAUUAAAAUGGUGUUAAUCUGGAUUUGUCUUUUUUGCAUUAGACCUGAUGACACUGAAAGAGGAGAGUCAAGAACUCAGUGAAAAAGAAGAUCAUGUUCAGCAUGAGAAAUGUAAUUUCAUGACUGAAGAAAAAUCAUUUAGUUGCACACAGACUGAAAAGACGUCACAAAAAAGAGCUUUCACCUGCCAACAGUGCGGGAAAAGUUUCACCAGAAAAGGAUAUGUUGAAGUCCACAUGAGAGUUCACACUGGAGAAAAGCCUUUCACCUGCCAACAGUGUGGAAAGAGUUUCAUUAAUAAAACAAACCUUAAAAACCACAUGCGAAUUCACAGUGGAGAGAAACCUUACACAUGUUCUCAAUGUGGAAAAAGUUUUAAUCUUAAACAACACCUCGAUGACCACAAGAGAAUUCAUACUGGAGAGAAACCUUUCACCUGCAAACAGUGUGGAAAGAGUUACACUCACAAAAGAAACCAUAGUGACCACAUGAGAAUUCAUACUGGAGUGAAGCCUUACACAUGCUCUCAAUGUGGAAAGAGUUUUAAUCUUAAACAACACCUCGAUGACCACAAGAGAAUUCAUACUGGAGAGAAACCUUUCACCUGCCAACAAUGUGGAAAGAGUUUUACACUAAAACAACACCUCAUUAACCACAUGAAAAUUCACACUGGAGAUAAACCUUUUACCUGCCAACAAUGUGGAAAGAGUUUCAUUCAAAAAGGAAACCUUACCAAACACAUGAAGGUUCAUGCUGGAGAGAAGCCAUGAGUUUCGAAAAUAAAGUAGCUCUUUAAAGAACAGUCAUACGUUUUUGUAAAGUGUCCACAUAUUGUGUGUCCCCUACAACAGGUUUAAAUGCAUAGGAAG